AUGUCCCUUUUCUCUCAAGGCAACCCUCCAGAUGUAACGGUCUUAUUGCACUCAAAGUGUUUCUUUUUUACAGAUAAAGGGAAGCCGCUUAUAUAUUGUUACAAAAUAUGCCCUCUGUACUGUUCCAAACAUGCUACGAAGAGAUACGAUCAUGAUGAAUCUUUCCUAACGUAUCUACAUGACAACCCUUAUGACACAGAAGUCCCGAAACACGAUUUUCCUCACUGGAAACCAGCAACAAAAUCAACCAAAGCACCAACUACUACCACCAAAAAACCCAUAUAUCUGGAUUACAAUCCAUAUUUCAUUGACGACGGUUCCGGAGAUUUUGACCACAUUCCACAUUACCACUGGAAUCAAAAACCAACAGAGAAAACCACAACUGAAGCGCCUAAAACGACUACUAAACCUGUCUACUUAGAUCACUAUCCAUAUUUCAUCGACGUCCCUGAGAUAUACGACUACCCCCCAGAACUUCACUUUUGGAAGCCUAAACCUACAACAACAACAACAUCAACGACUAAAAAACCGCCAGUAUAUUUGGACCAUAAUCCGUACUACAUCUGGCCUGAUUAUGACUACAGCUAUCCUCAUCAUCACCAUCAUCAUCAUGGAUCGGGGCCGCGACCGACCACUAGUACUACUACGGUAGCACCUACUACAACUGAGGAGCCUACUUUCAUCUGUCAGGUCUGUAAAGCGAAAUGUGGAGAUAAAUUUUCGUAA